GGGAUGGGAAACAGGAAGUGACCGUCACUGACACAGGAAUGGGACUGAAAAAAGAAAACACCAUCAUGAUGAGGAGAAUGUCAAACCCACUGGUGUAAGGAAAUUAAAAUCCUCGUCUCAACUCGGGAAAAAGGAUGAAUUGUUGUGUCCGGGCUGGAAUCGAGGCAUCAGGAAGGGCACCGGCGUGUUGCUAAAUGGAGUCGGAGCAGCUGUACCACAGAGGCUACUGCAGGAACAGCUACAACAGCAUCGCCAGCGCCAGCAGCGACGAGGAGCUGCUGGAUGGAGCCGGCGUCAUCAUGGACUUUCACACCACUGAGGACGACAACCUGCUGGACGGCGACGCUGCCUCCCCAGGGUCUAACUACGCCAUGUCUAACGGGGGCGGAGCCGCCAGCAGCUCCACUCACCUGUUGGACUUCCUAGAGGAGCCCAUACCUGGUGUGGGGACCUAUGACGACUUCCACACCAUCGACUGGGUGCGAGAGAAGUGCAAGGACCGCGAGAGACACAGGAAGAUUAACAGUAAGAAAAAGGAGUCAGCAUGGGAGUUCACAAAGAGCCUGUACGACGCCUGGUCCGGGUGGCUGGUGGUGACGCUCACCGGUUUGGCCUCAGGUGCUUUGGCUGGCCUGAUUGACAUUGCUGCUGAUUGGAUGAACGACCUGAAGGAGGGCGUGUGUCUGAGCGCCAUGUGGUUCAACCACGAGCAGUGCUGCUGGACGUCCAAUGAGACCACCUUCGCUGAGCGGGACAAGUGUCCUCAGUGGAAGAGCUGGGCUGAGCUAAUACUGGGGCAGGCUGAGGGUCCCGGCUCGUACAUUAUGAACUACUUCAUGUACAUCUACUGGGCGCUGUCCUUCGCCUUCCUGGCUGUCUGUCUGGUAAAGGUGUUUGCUCCCUACGCCUGCGGCUCUGGGAUCCCUGAGAUCAAGACCAUCCUGAGUGGGUUCAUCAUCCGGGGCUACCUGGGCAAGUGGACCCUGAUGAUCAAGACCAUCACUCUGGUGCUGGCUGUGGCGUCCGGCCUCAGCCUGGGGAAAGAGGGACCCCUGGUCCACGUGGCCUGCUGCUGUGGGAACAUCUUCUCCUACCUCUUCCCAAAGUACAGCAAGAACGAGGCGAAGAAACGAGAGGUUCUCUCUGCUGCGUCGGCGGCCGGGGUGUCUGUGGCUUUUGGAGCCCCGAUAGGAGGAGUUCUCUUCAGCUUGGAGGAGGUGAGCUACUACUUCCCUCUCAAGACGUUGUGGCGCUCCUUCUUCGCCGCUCUGGUGGCGGCCUUCGUGCUGCGGUCCAUCAAUCCCUUCGGUAACAGCCGCCUGGUGCUGUUCUACGUGGAGUACCACACACCGUGGUACCUGUUUGAGCUCAUCCCUUUCAUCCUCCUGGGAGUUUUCGGGGGUCUCUGGGGAGCCUUCUUCAUUCGAGCCAACAUUGCUUGGUGCCGGCGGCGCAAGUCCACACGCUUCGGAAAGUACCCAGUGUUGGAGGUGAUCCUUGUGGCCGCCAUCACGGCUGUGGUCGCGUUCCCGAACCCGUACACCCGCCAGAACACCAGCGAGCUGAUUAAGGAGCUGUUCACCGACUGCGGCCCACUGGAGUCCUCGCAGCUCUGCCAGUACCGCAGCCAGAUGAAUGGCAGCAAGGCCUUCACCGACAACCCCAACCGGCCGGCGGGGCCCGGCGUCUACGCCGCCAUGUGGCAGCUCUGCCUGGCGCUCAUCUUUAAAAUCAUCAUGACCAUAUUCACAUUUGGACUCAAGGUACCGUCGGGCUUGUUCAUCCCCAGCAUGGCCAUCGGGGCGAUCGCAGGGCGAAUUGUGGGCAUUGCCGUGGAGCAGCUGGCCUAUUACCACCACGACUGGUUCCUGUUCAAAGAGUGGUGCGAGGUCGGAGCUGACUGCAUCACUCCGGGGCUCUACGCCAUGGUGGGGGCUGCGGCAUGUCUGGGCGGCGUGACCCGUAUGACCGUCUCCCUGGUCGUCAUCGUUUUCGAGCUGACAGGCGGCUUGGAGUACAUCGUCCCCCUCAUGGCCGCUGUCAUGACCAGCAAGUGGGUGGGCGACGCGUUCGGCCGCGAGGGAAUCUACGAGGCCCACAUCCGUCUGAACGGAUACCCGUUCCUGGACGCCAAGGAGGAGUUCACGCACACCACGCUGGCAAGGGAGGUGAUGAGGCCGCGGCGCAGCGAUCCGCCGCUAGCUGUGCUGACGCAGGAUGACCUGACGGUGGAGGAGCUACAGGGCGUCAUCAACGAAACCAGUUAUAAUGGUUUCCCUGUUAUAGUGUCCAAGGAGUCGCAGAGGCUGGUGGGCUUUGCUCUGAGAAGGGACAUCACUAUCGCUAUAGAAAAUGCUCGUCGUAAGCAGGAGGGCAUCAUGUUAAACUCCAGGGUGUACUUCACUCAGCACGCACCCACCCUGCCGGCCGACAGCCCCCGGCCCCUCAAGCUGCGCUCCAUCCUGGACAUGAGCCCCUUCACCGUCACCGACCACACACCCAUGGAGAUCGUGGUGGACAUCUUCAGAAAGCUGGGGCUGCGCCAGUGCCUGGUCACUCACAACGGGAUUGUGUUGGGCAUCAUCACAAAGAAGAAUAUAUUAGAGCAUCUGGAGGAGCUCAAGCAGCACACGGAGCCCCUGGCGGCUUCUUGGUAUUAUCACAAAAAAAGACAUCCUUCGCCACAUGGCUCAAAUGGCAAAUCAAGACCCCGAGUCCAUCAUGUUCAACUGAUCGGCUCCUUCCAGGACAGCCGGGCGGGAGAGGGAGGCGACAGCGGAGAGGAGGAGGAGGAGGAGGAGGAGGAAGUGCGCCUCCUGAACGGCUCCAAUCUCUGACGUUCGGAUCUUCUCCUUUUUUCUUUUUUUUUUUUGGUUUUAGUUUUGAGCUUUGUAGACCCUGAACCUCGCAGACUGACUGUGCCCCCCAGAGACUUACCAGCCAUGAGAGGGAAAAGACAAUGAUAAAAAAAAACAAACAAAAGACUUUGUUAUCAUCAUUUUGGCUGCUGAGGACACAAGGAGGUCAUGGGUUGAAGGCACACACACACACACACACACACACACACACACACACACACACGAGGAAUGCACUUUUUACAUACACAAAAACACACUUUUGCACUUGCAGACACCUCAAACAUGCAUGCUCUCUCUCCACACACACACACACACACACACACACACAGACACGUUAAUACGUGUAUACCCACCCACCCACCAACCUGUAAAGCUACACCCGUUUGCACUCACCCUUGUCCUGUCUCCGCUGAGGUCAUUGUGUUGUUGGUGGGCGCCGCCUGGCUGGGGUCAAAGGUCGGAAUGAACCGCCGAUGAGGGACGCGAUGAGGGACCUUGAAACCUCCAGGCUCCUGUUUAAAAACAAAAAACAAAAAAACAAAACACUUUCCUCACCCCCCUUCCACACACACACACACAUACACACACACACACCAAAUCUGUCCGUCCUCCAGAAAAUACAUUGUUUACCUGUGAAUUAAGCAUGUGUGAGAUUAUGUAUGUGUGUGUGUGUGUGUGUGUGUCCUUAGCGCCACUACAUUCCAGCCAGGUUACCAUGGGAACUGAGAGGAUGUUAGGUCUAAAUGAGAUGGCUUUAACGAGUGUUUGUGAGUAUGUGUGUGUGUGUGUGUGUGUGUAAAAGUGAGAAAUGGAGGUAGAGAGCCACAGAUGGGUACUGUAUUUUAAGAACAAAAAAGUUCCCUUUCACAAGGAAAAAGGUGAAGAAGUAAGACCUCUGUGAGUGUGUGAUCUCAUUUCUGAGCCAGCUGGAGCUUGAGCUGUACGUGUGUGUGUGUGUGUGUGGUGUGUGUGUGUGUCCUGUCCAUUAAUUGAGUGUGAAGGCGGGUCGUGUGUGCACCUAAAGAAAAAAAAAGAAAAAGGAAAAAGUACGGGUUGAGUUCUACUGUGGACUCUGUCACUGGAAAAAAAAAAAAUCAAAUUUCCUUUUUCUUCUCAAACUAUUACUCUUGGUACAACUUUUAAAAUCUUGAAUCUCACUAUAAUCAAUUAACUUUUUAUGACUUGAAGCAAAACAGAACUGGAAAUCUGCACUUGUUUUAAGUGAAUUGGUUGAAGUUGAAGCUGGCGAUGAUGCUAUGUGGUGACUGAUUGUUUUCUUUCUUUUCUUUUUGCUGAACUCUGUCCAUCGACUUUGGAGAAUAUCAUCUUAUAUUAUUAAUACAUUCUCCCUCAGUUUAUCGGAGUAAAUCAGUGUCAAGCCCCCAACAGAUACUGUUAAACACUCCAUCCAUCUUUGAGGCUUUACACAAAAAAAACUCAGUUUUACACCUGAAGACAAACGCUGAGAAACACAUUUUUUCAAAAUGUAAAGAGAUAUUUCAUCUGUUCGGCUCUUUGUCCUCAUCACAUUUUGUUUGAAUAGUAUUUCCUCACAGUUUUGUUUGCUUAAUCUACAUUGCGCUGCCAGAUAGGUGGACGUUCAGGCAUCAGAUGGUUCAGAUAGUUGUUGGAAAAUGAUUAAUAACACUUUACAUUGUGCUUUAAAACAAUAAAAGAGGAAAUAAAAUCAAAUUGGAUAAAUGUUCAAACAAACCUGGGCCGUUAAAAAGAAGUGAUUUUAAACUAUUAUUUUCAUUUUCAGUUAAUCAAACCUAAUUUCAAACAAACAUUAACAUCUUUAACCAAAAAAAAAAAAAAAUCACUUUCCAAUCACUUAGAACUUUAUUAUCUAAAUUAUCAGGUCCUUACAUUUUAGAAGCUGUUAGCUGCUUUAAAAUACUUGAACGAUCAAUCAUUUAACACUUUCAGCUCUAAAGAAACUUGAGUAAGAAUCUAAAAACCCACCGGUCCUGCAGCUCUGAGCUAAAAUUAAAACUACUAAUCAAUCAAUAGAUACUGUUCAAACCUGACAGACACACAUGUAGAUUAAAUAUGACUAGAUCGUGCUGCGGCUCCCAACAUUUUGAGCCUGUGAUGCAUUCAAGUGUCGACUAUGGACCCCCUCAAAUGAGCUGUGUAUCAACAUAUACAGUAAUGUUCGUAAUUUCUGAAGGAGAUGAAACGAUCCUGUACCUCACCAGAAAAAAACAUUAACUGACUUUAGUUGGGUUUAAUAUAGUUGAUAAAAUAAGCAUCUGACUUGACUUAAAGAUGAGAAAUCCUAACAGCACUGAGCUUAAACAUCUACACACCUGUUUUUAUUUGGUCAAAAGCUCUGGAAUUAGGACCUUAAUUCAAGAUGUCAGCCACUGUUUCUAAAGUCAAGAGUGAACUGUUGAGCUCAAUUCCUCUUGUUAUAUCCUGUCGACCAUUAAGAUCAAACAAAACCAAAACAUCUGGCUGCAUCUGCUCACUGCUGUCUGGUUUUACAGCAGGUCGUUCUCAGUCUCUUGUCCAAUCUUACUACAUCUGCCAAGUGCCUGGCAAAGGUUGCUGUUGUUUAAAGGCUUUUUCACACCUGCUGUUUAUUGUAAAACCAGAAAGAAACACCUGCUGCUCCCACUGAUCUUCCCCCCACUUUGUCCUCGCAGCACAUCGUGAUCCUUUAAGUAAAAACUGAUGAAGGGAAAUGAAGCGAUGGGGAGAUGGCACCUUAUCUGUAGAGUGGCGGCAGAAGUGUGUGUGUGUGUGUGUGUGUAUGUGUGAGGAAGGUGGGAUUCAUCCUGUGUACGUCUUUCCGUUGCAGUGACUGUCCUGCUGUGGGUUGACAGGGAGCAGAGCAUCGUCUUUGUUAACCAGUGGUGUUGCCUAACAUUGUAUUUCAUACUGAUCUCGAUGUUUUUCCUUUUUUUUUUUUUUUUUAAUUUAUGGGUAGUGUCGAUAGAGUUGUGCAUUAUUAUGAAGAAUUUUAUGUAUGAUUACAUUGAUUGUUUGAUUGUACAUUUAAAACAAAAUAUGUAAAGAUUAAAUUUUGUUUUAAAUUAAAAGUCAAAAAGAUUCAA